UUAUACUAUUAAUAAUAAAUUCAAAUAAGCAAAUGUAAAACAAUCAUCAGCAAAACCUAAACGUCAAAACUGCACCACCGUCUAACAUAAAAGCUCCAAAUUUGUUUGAGACUAACAAAAAGCUUUUAACAAGCUUUAUCUUGUGAUAGUGUAGUAAUGUGUGCGCGUGUAUUCAAUUUGCUUGUGAGUGUUGUCUGAGUACUGAAUGGUACUGUGCUGAUAACACCUGUUGAAGGCUCAUGUUGACCGCAUUUGUCAAAACACCGUCAUAUAGGAGUCGUUGAGGGCGAAGUAAAUGAGAGAAACUAUCUGUUUGGGCUUGGGAAGCAAACUAUAAUUAUGAAUACAGGAGAAUAUAAGGAGCAUGCGUCAUCAACGCAGCAAAAACAACAAUCGCCAACAGGCAAAGAACAACAACAGCAAAAGCAGCAAACUCACAAAUACGAUGCCUUGGAGAGUUCUAGUACCAACAAUAAAUUAAAUCAUAAAAACAGUAACAAUAAGGGCAAAGAUAAGGAAAGAACUGAGGAUUGGGAGACGGGCAAGGAUUUGUCACCAAGUCGCAGUAACGAUGUUAUUCAUGAAUCAUCAUGUCUCCCCCAAAAUUCACAAAAAGUGCUGACCAGCGAGCCAAGCAGUUCCCAUAGCGGUCCAAGAACAGCAACAUCAUCAUCCCAGCGGCGAAGACAACUGCAAUUUCAAAGACAGAAGGAGGCAAAACUUUAUGACCACAGCGAUGAGCCGACAUCCACAAGCUUGAUAGGAGGCGGGGAGCUGGUCAACUGCAUAGCCUAUGAUGAUAAUACGUUAGUGAUUGAGCGCAAACCGUCGCCCACAUCACUAGCAACAUCGCGACGCUAUUUGAAAGCCGAUACACCGCCGCGUGGCAGUCGCAAAUACAAUCGCAAAUCAACUACCACAAAAAGCGACCUCGAGGUGGUUAUUCUCAAUCCGGAGCAUCACCAUCAGCAACGAUCGCCGACGAUAACGCUGCCGGUGCCGGUAACGUCAGUAACGGGAACUGGCAGCUCGACCACAUCCCCAACGGUUUCUACAGGCUCAACAGUGCUACAACAAAGUACGGUUGAGGUGAUUGCAAGUAGCGAGGAUACCGCAGCAGGUGGCUACAGCAGGAAACGUGCAACCAGCACAGAAGUUGCCUUGAGCUCCGUUACGAGUCAAAUUGUUAAUAAUACCACCUAUAAGCUCGACUUCAAGCAACGUAGGCACAAAAACAUCAAUAACGGAAGCGAAUCGUUUAGUGUCAACGGCAGUAAACGUCAAAGACGCAAGUCUAGUUGCACCUCGUGUGUUGGAUCUGUAGGCGGUGGCAGCGUCAGUCAACGAUUGACGCCUGAGGAGACAUGGCAGCAACAGCCUCAGAAUAGUGUAACAAGCGCUGGCAGCACCAACAGCAGUUACAGCAGCGGCGCCAAGGACGACGAUAGCAGUUAUAGCGCCGUUGGCGGAGACAGCAGUAGCAGCAAUAGUUGUAACUGCGACAUCACUGGCGACAAUAGUACGUUGCAUGGAUUCGGAGUGGGCGAUAUAAGCAGUUUUAUAGGCGACGACGAUUGCAAGACAGGCGACGACGACGAUCCGGAUAAUCCGGACGAGACCGAUCUUAGUUCGCAGACGUUGCGCACAGCGGCUAUUGUUGCAGCCGUUGCACUAGCAGCCAAGGAUCAGGCGACAGCGUCGGGCGCCGGCAACACUGAUUGUGAGAGCUUUAGCGAACGUCAUCAGAUUGCGGAUGAUGAUAUUAGGAUCAUUGGUGACACAGCGCGCAGUGGCAACGAUUCGCUCGAGGAUGUCGGUGAUGUGGAUGACAAUGCGGAUGUCAUUUUAAAAGGAAAUACGCGCAGCAAUCGUCCCUCGAUUCGAAGCACAUGUAGAAUAACUGAGGAGGAGGACGACGACGACGAAGUAGAAGACGAGCCCGAGGGCACAACCAUUGACAUUGAUGAACAGGAGCAGCUGACCCACGAGCACGAGCACUAUAACGAACAAGACGACCACGACGACGACGAGGAAGCUGACGAGUAUUACGAAGAGGAAGAGGACGAUACUCAAGCAUUUUCGCCCUUCUAUUCUAGCUCUGCGGAGCUAAUUGAUAAUUUUGGCGCCGGUGCCGGAAAAUUUUUUAGCAUUAUGGACUUUGAAAAAGGUGCCACUGGCGGUGGCACCUACACGCCCAAUGGAAAUGGAGGUACUGCCCUUGGCAGAGAUAUAUCUUAUUCCCAAAAUCACCAAUCGGAUCUUGGGGGCGGUACUAACAUUAUGGGUAUCGAUACCAUGGGCAUUGCAAACAUUCCGGAAACAAUGAACGGCACCACAAUUGGACCCAGUGGCGUCACUGGACAAACAGGUGCUGUCGGUCAAAAGCGACCCCAGCGGCGCGGCAAGCCGCAACCGGAUCGACCUCAGCGAGCGCUAUUCUGUCUGGGAGUCAAGAAUCCUAUUAGAGCCCUUUGCAUACGCAUAGUGGAAUGGAAGCCAUUUGAGUUCCUUAUUUUGCUAACGAUAUUUGCCAAUUGUAUUGCCUUGGCUGUUUACACGCCUUACCCAGGCAGCGAUUCGAAUGUGACGAAUCAAACCUUGGAAAAAGUUGAAUAUAUAUUUCUAGUUAUAUUCACAGCGGAAUGUGUUAUGAAAAUUUUAGCAUACGGUUUUGUGUUACAUAAUGGUGCAUAUCUAAGAAAUGGAUGGAAUUUAUUAGAUUUUACAAUUGUAGUUAUAGGAGCGAUAAGUACAGGACUAUCUCAUUUUGUGAAGGAUGGAUUCGAUGUAAAAGCACUCCGUGCAUUUCGGGUACUACGUCCGUUGCGACUUGUAUCGGGUGUACCAAGUCUUCAGGUUGUGCUUAAUUCAAUUUUAAAGGCCAUGGUGCCACUGUUUCACAUUGCACUUCUGGUCAUAUUCGUAAUCAUAAUCUAUGCCAUAAUUGGUUUAGAGUUAUUCUCUGGUAAAUUGCAUAAGGCGUGUCGAGAUGAGCUAACAGGUGAAUACGAGGAAACUAGGAGACCAUGUGGUGUGGGCUAUGCCUGCCCAGAGGGGAUGAAAUGCUACGGCGAUUGGAUUGGACCCAAUUACGGCAUUACCAACUUUGAUAAUUUUGGACUGGCCAUGUUAACAGUGUUUCAGUGUAUAACACUCGAGGGCUGGACGGAUGUAUUGUAUUAUAUACAAGAUGCAAUGGGAAGCGACUGGCAAUGGAUGUACUUCAUUUCAAUGGUCAUCUUGGGCGCAUUCUUUGUAAUGAAUUUAAUUCUUGGUGUGUUGUCCGGUGAGUUCUCCAAAGAACGUAACAAAGCCAAAAAUCGAGGUGAUUUCCAAAAGCUCCGUGAGAAGCAACAAAUUGAGGAAGAUCUACGAGGUUAUCUCGAUUGGAUAACACAAGCAGAGGACAUUGAGCCUGAUGCUACUGGUGGACUAAUGCCCGAUGGCAAGGGCAAACAUCAAAAUGAAAUGGACUCAACCGAGAAUAUGGGCGAAGAGACACCCGAAAUGCAACUCACUGAAUCCAGUUGGCGAAAAAUGAAAAAGGAUUUUGAUCGUAUCAACCGUCGAAUGCGUCGCGCUUGUCGCAGAGCUGUCAAAUCUCAGGCCUUCUAUUGGCUCAUCAUUGUGCUGGUAUUCCUCAACACUGGUGUACUGGCCACAGAGCACUAUGGACAAGUUGAUUGGUUGGAUCAAUUUCAGGAGUACACAAAUAUGGUCUUCAUUGGACUCUUCACGUGUGAAAUGUUGCUGAAAAUGUAUAGCUUGGGCUUUCAGGGUUACUUUGUGUCGCUUUUCAAUCGCUUUGAUUGUUUUGUUGUUAUCGGAAGCAUCUCUGAGACACUGUUAACAAAAACAGGAGUAAUGCCACCAUUGGGAGUCUCCGUGCUGCGUUGUGUGCGUCUUUUGCGUGUCUUCAAAGUAACAAAAUACUGGCGCUCUUUAUCAAAUCUAGUGGCUUCCCUAUUAAAUUCAAUACAAUCAAUUGCUUCACUGCUUUUACUGCUCUUCCUGUUUAUUGUGAUAUUUGCAUUGUUGGGCAUGCAAGUUUUUGGUGGUAAAUUUAAUUAUAAUGACGAGGAGAAGGUUCGACAGAACUUUGAUUGCUUCUGGCAGAGCAUGCUUACAGUAUUCCAGAUAAUGACUGGUGAGGAUUGGAAUGCCGUCAUGUAUGUUGGCAUUAAUGCCUAUGGCGGUGUCUCUUCAUAUGGUGCCUUGGCAUGUAUAUACUUCAUCAUAUUGUUUAUAUGCGGUAACUAUAUACUGCUAAAUGUUUUCUUGGCCAUUGCUGUUGAUAAUUUGGCGGAUGCUGACUCACUCUCUGAGGUCGAAAAGGAAGAAGAGCCGCAGGAUGAGAAUGCUAUGAAGAAAUCUCACAGUCCCUCGCCCACUAUAGAUGGUAUGGAUGAUGAGCAUAUGAGUAUUGAUAUGGAUAUGGAUAUGGAACAUCAUGAGCUCGACGAUGAUAAGGAUCAUGAAACGUUAUCAGAUGAGGAGGUACGCGAAAUGUGCGAAGAGGAGGAAGAGGUGGAUGAAGAAGGCAUGAUAACAGCACGCCCACGCCGUAUGUCUGAGGUUAAUACGGCUACCAAAAUUCAACCAAUACCGCCGGGCACAUCAUUCUUUCUUUUCUCCCAAACAAACAGAUUUCGUGUAUUUUGCCACUGGCUUUGCAAUCACAGUAAUUUUGGCAACAUUAUUCUGUGUUGCAUAAUGUUCUCAUCCGCCAUGUUGGCUGCCGAGAAUCCAUUGCAGGCCAACGAUAACUUAAAUAAAGUACUCAAUAAAUUUGAUUACUUUUUCACGGCAGUUUUCACAAUAGAACUCGUUCUGAAAUUGAUUUCAUACGGCUUCGUAUUGCACGACGGAGCCUUUUGCAGAUCCGCAUUCAAUCUAUUAGAUUUACUUGUGGUUUGCGUAUCAUUGAUAUCCCUAGUAUCCAGUUCGAAUGCGAUUUCAGUCGUGAAAAUACUUCGUGUACUACGAGUUUUAAGGCCCCUGAGAGCCAUUAAUCGAGCCAAGGGUCUAAAGCAUGUUGUUCAAUGUGUCAUAGUCGCUGUUAAGACUAUCGGAAAUAUUGUGCUCGUCACAUGCCUACUGCAAUUCAUGUUUGCCGUUAUAGGAGUCCAAUUGUUUAAGUACGUGGUCAAGUGCGUUGUAGUCGCUAUUAAAACCAUUGGUAAUAUUAUGUUGGUUACAUAUUUAUUGCAAUUCAUGUUUGCCGUUAUUGGAGUGCAACUCUUUAAGGGUAAAUUUUUCAAAUGCUCCGAUGGCUCUAAAAUGGUGAAAGAGGAAUGCUAUGGCACAUAUCUUGUCUAUGAAGAUGGUGAUAUAAACAAGCCGCGUCUCAAGGAACGCGAAUGGGAAAAUAACGGUUUCCAUUUCGAUGAUGUGGCCAAGGGUAUGCUGACCCUCUUUACCGUUUCUACCUUUGAAGGCUGGCCCAACCUGCUGUACGUCUCUAUUGAUUCGAAUAAGGAAAAUGGGGGGCCAAUUCACAACUUCCGUCCUAUAGUUGCUGCCUACUAUAUAAUCUAUAUCAUUAUAAUUGCAUUCUUUAUGGUCAACAUCUUUGUCGGUUUCGUUAUUGUCACUUUUCAAAAUGAGGGUGAACAGGAGUAUAAGAAUUGUGAUCUGGAUAAGAAUCAACGUAAUUGUAUUGAGUUUGCGUUAAAGGCGAAGCCCGUACGACGUUAUAUACCCAAACAUGGCAUACAGUAUAAAGUAUGGUGGUUUGUGACGUCAUCAUCAUUUGAGUAUACCAUAUUUAUAUUGAUAAUGAUAAAUACGGUAACUCUUGCAAUGAAGUUCUACCAACAACCAAUAUGGUAUACGGAACUUCUAGAUGCUCUCAAUAUGUUAUUCACUGCAGUAUUCGCCUUGGAGUUUGUCUUUAAAUUGGCAGCAUUUCGAUUCAAGAACUACUUUGGUGAUGCUUGGAACGUUUUCGAUUUCAUCAUUGUACUAGGCAGUUUUAUAGAUAUUGUCUUUUCCGAAAUUAAGAGCAAAAACACUACACAGGCUGCUUGUGACAUAGUCGAAGGCUGUAAACAAAGGGCAAAAGCGGCCGGCUCAAACUUGAUUUCCAUUAAUUUCUUUCGAUUGUUUCGUGUUAUGCGUCUCGUCAAGUUACUCAGCAAGGGUGAGGGCAUACGAACCCUACUCUGGACCUUCAUCAAAUCAUUUCAGGCCUUACCCUAUGUAGCAUUGCUCAUCGUAUUGCUUUUCUUUAUAUACGCGGUGGUUGGCAUGCAGGUCUUUGGCAAGAUUGCGCUGGAUGGUGAUGGUGCGAUAUCCGCCAACAACAAUUUCCAGACGUUUCAACAGGCGGUACUUGUGCUGUUCCGCUCAGCGACUGGUGAGGCCUGGCAGGAUAUAAUGAUGUCCUGCUCAGCACAGCCGGAUGUUCGUUGUGACAUGAACUCUGAUACACCGGGCGAGCAAUGCGGCUCAUCCAUUGCCUAUCCCUAUUUUAUAUCAUUUUAUGUGCUGUGCUCCUUCUUGAUUAUCAAUUUGUUUGUGGCCGUCAUCAUGGAUAACUUUGAUUACCUCACGCGAGAUUGGUCUAUCCUGGGUCCCCAUCAUUUGGAUGAGUUUAUCCGGCUCUGGAGCGAGUACGAUCCGGAUGCCAAGGGACGCAUUAAACACUUGGAUGUGGUCACCCUGCUACGCAAGAUAUCACCACCUCUUGGCUUUGGCAAGCUCUGUCCACAUCGCAUGGCCUGCAAGCGUCUCGUCAGCAUGAACAUGCCUCUAAACUCCGAUGGAACGGUUCUCUUCAAUGCUACUCUGUUUGCCGUUGUUCGAACGUCACUAAGCAUCAAAACAGAAGGCAACAUCGACGAUGCGAAUGCCGAGCUGCGAGCCACCAUUAAACAAAUCUGGAAGCGGACCAAUCCCAAGUUAUUGGAUCAGGUGGUGCCGCCACCUGGCAACGAUGACGAGGUCACUGUGGGCAAGUUUUAUGCCACUUAUCUAAUACAGGACUAUUUUCGGCGUUUCAAGAAGCGCAAAGAGCAGGAGGGCAAAGAGGGUCAUCCUGACAGCAACACGGUCACCCUGCAAGCCGGUCUACGCACACUACAUGAGGUAUCGCCAGCAUUGAAACGUGCCAUAUCUGGCAACCUCGAUGAACUAGCUGAGGAACCAGAACCCAUGCAUCGCCGCCAUCAUACGCUCUUUGGCAGCGUUUGGUCCUCCAUUCGUCGUCAUGGUAAUGGAACCUUCCGACGUAGCGCCAAGGCUUCCCAGAGCAAUGGAGCCCUGACUACAGGCGGCUCUUCUCUGGCAGCUGGGGGCGUGGGUGGCAGCAGUUUGGUGCUGGGAAGCACAGAUCCCACUGGCACUGACUAUUUGUACGAUAGUCUUAAUCGGAGUGUGGCCGACGGUGUAAAUCAUAUAGCCCGCAAUAUAAUGCAGGCACGGAUGGCAGCAAGUGGUAAGCUGCAAGAUGAGCUCCAUGCUAGUAGCGGCGGUGAGCUGCGAACCUUCGGCGAAAGCAUCUCGAUGAGGCCGCUGGCAAAGAAUGGAAGCGGUGCAUCAACAGUCGCCGGCACCUUGCCACCGGAUGCCAAUACAAUAUCGUAUGACAACCGCAAUCGUGGUAUUUUAUUGCAUCCAUAUAACAAUGUCUACGCACCCAAUGGUGCUAUUCCUGGCCACGAACGCAUGAUCCAAUCGACACCAGCUAGUCCUUACGAUCAGCGUCGUUUACCAACUUCAUAUGAAAUGAAUGGCUUAGCCGAGUCAUUGAUUGGAGGGGUACUCGCCGCUGAGGGUUUGGGUAAAUACUGUGAUUCCGAAUUUGUGGGCACGGCUGCUCGAGAGAUGCAGGAGGCGUUAGAUAUGACGCCAGAAGAGAUGAAUUUGGCUGCACAUCAGAUACUUUCCAAUGAGCACUCGAUGAGCCUCAUUGGAAGCAGCAAUGGCAGCAUCUUUGGUAAUGCUGGUGGUGGCUUGAGCGGUGGGAGCAGUAGUAUUGCUGGUGCAUUCGGUGGGAACGUCAGUGGACCUUCAUCGUUUUCCCCGUUGCAUCAAGGUUCGGGCACUUUACAAUCACCACCGAUACCAGAUAAUCGCCUUAGACGAGUUGCCACUAUAGCGACCACUAAUAAUAAUAAGUCUCAAUUUGGCCAAAACAUUACAAAUAAUAAUUUAAAUAAUAUAAGUAAUGCAGCAUCGCCAACGACUAGCCAAAAAACAAUUUUACCCGCACAGCAACAAAUCCAACCGCAACAACAACAAUCUCCUCACCGCAGUGGUCAGGGCUAUCCUGCCGCUUCAUAGCAUACAUACUAUUGUCAGUACAUGCAAAAUGUCUUCUUGAUGGUAUUUUAAAUGUACGUUUGAAAGUUUUUGUAUCAGAUUUAGCAUUAGAAAAAUAAAUUAGGUUAAUUUCUUCAAUUCAUGUAUUGCAAAACAUAAAAAUACAAAAUAGUUAACAAAAAUUGUAAAUAGCAAUGUAUGUGUUAUGCAUACAUAAUUAAUGGUUUGCCUUUUGAUAACGUCUAUGAUGGUUUAUCGUCCUUAAUGAACAACCAAUAAAAAAAAA